UAAACUUCUCAACCACCAAACACUUCUCUAAAUGUCUACUCCUCCAGCGAUUGUGUUUACAGACUGGGAUGGAACUGUCACCCUUCAAGACUCUAACGAUUACUUGACCGAGAACCUCGGUUUCGGUUAUCCCAAGCGGAGAGCCAUCAACGAUGAAAUCUUGAACGGGUCCCUCAGCUUCAGAGACGGAUUCCAAAAGAUGUUAGAUUCCAUUGAUACGCCCUUCCCAGAGUGUAUUGAGUACUUGAAAAAAAACAUCAAGUUGGACGAAGGAUUCCGUAAGUUUUACGACUAUUGUACGUCCAAGGGCAUCCCCGUGGUGGUUAUCUCAUCGGGAAUGAAGCCAAUUAUUUAUAACUUAUUGAAGAGCUUGGUAGGCGAGGAUGCAGCUGAGAACAUCGAAAUUUACUCGAAUGAGGUGGUGAUCAAAGACGACAACUCCUGGGACAUUGUAUACAGAGAUGACUCAAGUUUUGGCCAUAAUAAGGCUCUUUCCAUCAAAGAGUAUUUGGCUACCCACAAAUUCACCAACCUACCACCAUUAUUUUACUGUGGUGACGGAGUUUCUGACUUGUCUGCUGCUAAGGAAACCAACUUGUUAUUUGCAAAAGAGGGAAAGGAUUUGAUCACCUACUGUAUCAGAGAAAACAUCCCGUACACUGAGUUCAGCAAUUUCUCUGAAAUUUUAGACAAGUUGACCAGUAUUGUUGAAGGUAAAAACCUUAUUUCCGACUAUGUCCAGAACCUGGACCUGAAGUAACGGUUGGAGAUCAGCUGAUUUCCUGCCUAUCGAUUUUGGGCGUAGCACUUCCAUUCUGGGAUCUUCCUAUAAAUAGAGUAUAGACAAGCUCCUUAAAAUAGACAGAUACGAACUAUGUUCUACAGA